UGGCGUGGCCAACGAAGGGGUCACGCGUAGAUUGAGGGCUGCUAGCGGUCAUGCUGAGGACUGUCCAGCUCCCGUGGUGGCGGCGCCUGGUCCUGCCGGCUCCUCAUCGUGGGGUGGGCUGUGGCUGCGGCGGUGGCCGGCAGAGCGGAACUCGAGGGACUUCUUCAUACCAUUCCGUGUUUGGCGGCGCCGCCCCCGGCGUAGUGAAUGUAUUCGAUCGGGUGUUGAAGAGGAAGCAAAAGAACUGGGCGGCCCAGCAGCCGGAGCCUCUGAAGUACGAGUACCUAAAGGAGGAGGUUGGUAAUCGUGUUGCUGACCGUGUAUAUGAUAUCGCCAGAGAUUUUCCUCUUGCUUUGGAUGUUGGCUGUGGAAGAGGUUAUAUAGCACAACAUUUAAAUAAGGAAGUCGUUGGAAAAAUUUUCCAAGCAGACAUUGCAGAAAAUGCUUUGAAAAACAGUGUAGAAACAGAAAUACCUACUGUCCGUGUUUUAGCUGAUGAAGAAUUUCUUCCCUUCAAAGAAAAUACAUUUGAUCUGGUUGUUAGCAGUUUAAGUUUGCAUUGGGUGAAUGAUCUUCCUAGAGCAUUUAAACAGAUUCAUUAUGUUUUAAAACCAGAUGGAGUAUUUAUUGGCGCAAUGUUUGGAGGGGAUACACUGUUUGAGCUUCGAUGUUCUUUACAAUUAGCAGAACUUGAAAGAGAAGGAGGAUUUUCUCCACACAUUUCUCCUUUCACUGCUGUCAAUGAUCUGGGCCAUCUGCUGGGAAGAGCUGGUUUUAACACACUGACUGUGGAUACUGAUGAAAUUCAAGUCAAUUUCCCAGGAAUGUUUGAGGUGAUGGAAGAUUUACAAGGUAUGGGAGAAAGUAAUUGUUCUUGGAAUAGAAAACCUUUGCUUCAUAGGGAAACAAUGUUAGCAGCUGCAGCAAUAUAUCAAGAAAUGUAUGGAAAUGAGGAUGGCUCAGUACCUGCAACUUUUCAGAUUUAUUACAUGAUAGGAUGGAAAUAUCAUGAUUCACAGGCCAGACCUGCUCAGAGAGGUUCAGCAACAGUAUCAUUUGGAGAUUUAGGAAAAAUAAAUACUCUUAUGUCACAUGGGAAGAAAUAGCUUUUGAUCACAAUAAAUAUUCAGUGUUAAUAAAACUAAUUUUUUUCUCAUCAAAAA